ACCUAUAGCUCAGCUCUCCAGCAGACACGGCCUCAGAUCCCAGCAGCAGCCCUGAACGCUGGACCACAAACCCCAGGAGCAGUAGACUGACAUCUGGUUGACGGCAAGCUCAGAAGCUCUGUGAGGUACAGAGGACACAGCCAUGUCUCACGGGUUUGAUAAGGAGCAGGUGGACGAGUUCCAUGCAGCCUUUGAUAGAUUUGACAAGAACAAGGACGGCCACAUCAGUGUCCAGGAACUGGGUGAUGUGAUGAAGCAGCUGGGUAAGAACCUCUCAGAGGAAGAACUGAAGGCGCUCAUCUCCAAGGUGGACACAGACCAAGAUGGCACCAUCAGCUUUGACGAAUUCUUGGCAGCCAUGGCCAAGUACAAGAGAGGGAGCACUGAGCAGGAGCUGCGGGCUGUGUUCAGUGUCUUUGACCAGAAUGGUGAUGGCCACAUCACUGUGGAGGAGCUCAAGCAGGCCAUGGAUCAGCUGGGCGAGAAGCUUUCACAGGAGGAGCUGGAUGCCAUGAUCCGUGAGGCUGAUGCGGACCAGGAUGGGAGGGUGAACUAUGAUGAGUUUGUGCGCAUCUUCCUUGAGAAGUGAGACUGCCAGGCUGCAAGCUCCUCCCGGUCUCUAUCUGCCUGACUCAGGCCCGACAGGCACUGUUGUGCCUUUCUUUCAGGGCUCCGCUUCUGUGUUGGGGUUAUAAAGGAAAAGUCUGUGUUGGUGUAUGGGAAACUACCUCAUGAAUGAGGAAGACUUUACUGGUCCUGGAUGCUGUGCCAUCCGGGGCUGCCAACUAGUCCUCCUCUCUGCCUGCUGAGACUCUGGGCAAAGGAUAGUCUCCUUGGGCUGGUCCCUCCUCUUCCUCCUGCUGUGGAUUGGGUGCUUCUUACCUCUCAGGGCUCUCAUAAUGGUUUAAAUAAAAGGAAUGCAA